AUGGCAUCCAAUUCAUCAGCGGCGGCUGUGGCAGCUAUGUUUGGAAUUAAGGAUGCCGACCACCAAGACCAGAUGAAGCCACUGCUUGCGCAGCAGCACCAGCAGCUGCCUCCUGCGCCACUGCUCAACGCCGCUUCGUCGUCGGCGGGGUCCGGCCAGGCGACAGGGGCAUCACCGCCGCCAGUGAAGAAGAAGAGAAACCUACCAGACCCUGACGCGGAGGUGAUCGCGCUGUCGCCCAAGACGCUGCUGGCGACGAACCGGUUCGUGUGCGAGGUGUGCAACAAGGGGUUCCAGCGGGAGCAGAACCUGCAGCUGCACCGACGCGGCCACAACCUGCCGUGGAAGCUGAAGCAGAAGGACCCGGCGCAGGCGCAGCGGCGGCGCGUGUACCUGUGCCCAGAGCCGACGUGCGCGCACCACGACCCCGCCCGCGCCCUCGGCGACCUGACGGGGAUCAAGAAGCACUUCUGCCGCAAGCACGGCGAGAAGAAGUGGAAGUGCGACAAGUGCUCCAAGCGCUACGCCGUGCAAUCGGACUGGAAGGCGCACUCCAAGGUCUGCGGCACACGCGAGUACCGCUGCGACUGCGGCACCCUCUUCUCGCGGAGGGAUAGCUUCAUCACCCACAGGGCUUUCUGCGACGCCCUCGCGCAGGAGAGCGCCCGACUGCCGCCCCCAGGCCUCACCGCCAGCCACCUCUACGGCGCCACCAGCGCGGCCAACAUGGGGCUCAGCCUCUCGCAGGUCGGUUCCCACCUCGCAUCCACCCUCGGUGCGGACGCUCACGGCCACCAUCAGGACCUGCUCCGGCUCGGCGGCGGCAGCGCCGCGAGCCGCCUUGACCAUCUUCUAGGGACGUCCAACGCCUCCGCGUUCCGCCCCCUGCCGCCUCCACCAUCGUCGGCGUUCCUCAUGGGCGCGCAGCAGGAGUUUGGCGAAGGCGACGGCACUGGGUCCCACGGGUUCUUGCAGGGCAAGCCGUUCCACGGCCUCAUGCAUCUGCCGGAUCUCCAAGGCAACGGCGCCGGGGGUCCCUCGGCGUCGUCGGCUCCGGGUCUCUUCAACCUUGGCUACAUCGCAAACAGUGCAAAUAGCUCAGGUACUUCCAGUCAUGGCCAUGCAAGCCAGGGACACCUGACAAGUGAUCAGUUCAGCGAAGUAGGUGGUGGUGGUGGUGGCGGCGGCGGCUCCGAGUCGUCGGCUGCGAUGCUUUUCAGCGGCGGCGGGAACUUUGCUGGUGGUGACCACCAAGUUGCUCCUGCCGGGAUGUACAACAAUGAUCCGGCCGUGAUGCUGCCGCAGAUGUCCGCGACGGCGCUUCUGCAGAAGGCGUCCCAGAUGGGCUCCAGCGCGAGCGCGCACGGCGGCGGCGUGUCCGUGUUUGGGGGCCUCGUCGGCUCGUCGGCGCCCUCCGCUACGCACGCCCGGGCACCCACCAUGCUCGACCAGAGCCAGAUGCACCUGCAGAGCUUGAUGAACUCGCUGGCUGCCGGCGGCAUGUUUGGCGGAGCCAACAGCGGCAGCAUGAUUGACCCGAGGAUGUAUGACAUGUAUCAAGAUGUGAAGUUUCACCAAGGCCGUGGUGGCGCUGAGAUGACGCGCGACUUCCUUGGCGUCGGUGGCGGUGGUGUCAUGAGGGGGAUGACGGUGCCGAGAGGGGGGCACCAAGACGGUGCCGGUGACAUGAGCUCCUUGGAGGCCGAGAUGAAGUCGGCCUCGUCACCCUUCACUAGAGGCAGGAUGCAAUAA